AUGUGGAAUGUGCGAAAAGAAAACAAAAAUCAGUUAAUUAUGGAAGUUAAUUGUAUAUUAGAAGAGAAUAUGCUAAAGAAUAGAUUAGAUAAUAUUGAUCAAAAACAUUUUAAAUGUAUUCGUUUAUGGAUAACAAGUGAUCAUAAUGAAUAUAAUACAUUAUUUAUGCAAAAUUUUUUAUCAGAAUGGGAAAAAAAUUUCUUUGAACCAAAAAUGCGACAUAUCAGAGAAGUGGUAGAAGUUACUAAAACGAAUGCAAAAUUAAGUGAACAUGAAAUACAACGAUCAAAUAUUAGUCAGCGUUUGCAAAGAAAUAUAAUAAGUGCGACAACUUAUAUUCCAUUCACAUGGAUUUCGGAUUAUAAUGAUUCGAUAUGGAAUGAUACAGAAUCUAAUAUGACAUUAACAAAUAUUACUAUCGUAUCAACAAAAUACAAAAAUAAUUUAAUUUUUGGUUAUUUUGAGCUAUAUGUCUUGAUAUUACUUACAAUUUUCAUCAUACUUCUACUUAUAACCACAUCAAUUGCGUGCUAUUAUGACUGCGAGAAUCGUCGCAUCACUUUACAAGGUGAUAAAUACAGUAACAUUAAAAAGGGUGCCGCACCAAUUGUUACGAUCAAGCAUGUAAGCAAACAGCCUGAUAAUAUACACGAAAGGAUGAUUCGAGAUAAGGCAGAAGAAUUAUCAGUGCAUUCACGUACACUGCGUAAGCGUAAAAUGCUAAUUGCAGCACGUCGUUCAACAUCAACACAAUCUGUUACAUGCAGUGAAUAUGGUGACAGCACUUUAUGUGAAAAAGAUAGGUUGCGUCAAUUAAUUAAUCAAAUCCGAGAAAAAAAAGAUUUGAUGGAACAUAACAAUGCACACGCAGUAGUAUCACAAGGUGAAGAAAUGAAAAGUAGUGGUGAAAGCAAAACGGGUGAUAUACCGGAUGUAUCAUCAGUAUCAGAUUCAAAAAGUAUGAAAAAAUCAGUAACCGGAAGCGAUGAUAUGGAAGAAGAUGAAACGAAAUAG